AAAGUCCCGGAUGUAUGUAUAGCAACGCGUUGCGUUCUUGUUUGAGGCUUCUGCAUAGGCGCUUUGAUGUUGUAUCGUAAUGUGCGCGUCGGUGCACGAGUUUUGGUGCAGCUUGAUGAAUUUCCGAACGAUGCACUUGUUGGGACUGUGAGGUACAAGGGGAGAGUUGUGAUGCAGAGAGGAGUGUGGGUAGGAUUAGAGAUGGACACGUCAGUACAAGGCCACAGCGGUCUUUACUGGGGACAACGAUACUUCGAAUGUCAAGAUGGCCACGGAGUAUUUGUCAAACCAGCAGCUUUAGACUUCAUUCCAAGUCCACGAAGGUCUCAUAACUCGUAUAGAAAAAUCGCAAAGAAUUGCUACAUCGAUGAAGACUUAUUUGAAAGGCCUCUCUACGUGAAGCUACAAGAAUCACAGACAGACAGACCACUCGUUGCUGAUCAAUGGAAACCCAAACCAACAGGUGAUGUCUUUCGAAAUGCCAGGAUGUACAGGAAGGCGUGUCCAGUUAGUGGUCACAUGAGAGCGGCGACAGCAACAGGGUCACGCUCAUCGACUCAAACUGAUCAACGUGACGUUCGCUCACCAUCAGGACACGGUAGCAUUAGACAAGCUUUUCAGACGGGAACGUACCGAUGCAGCACUCCCAGCAUACCAUCAACACACAACCCACUGAUAGAACGACAUCACCACGUGUCAUUCUAGACGCUCCAUCCGUUCAUCAACUCAUCACAGUCGUACAGAUUUUGCCUCUUAGAUACACACAAUUGGUUUAAUGUUUUUAGUUACUACUCAGAUUUAUUGAUAUCAAUUAUAUUAACAGCAGAAAAAGUUUAAAUA